CGGCAGUACAGCUUGCGCGGAUCUAUGCUGUUCGGCUUCCCUUCUGCGCUCCCCUGGCAUGGUGUCUUCCAUCUCCUUUCACACGGCGUGACGGUAGCUCGCCCAUGAUGUAGGUGUUAAGGGUUCUUGCCUCGCCCUCCUCUCUUCGUACACAUCGCGCCUUUCCCGCAUCUCGUCCUCAAGCCGUAUUCCAAUGUCGUCCUCACAGAAGACGGUCCUCAUUACUGGGUGCAGCGAAGGUGGCAUUGGCGAUGCCCUUGCCCGCCGAUUCCAUGAGCAAGGGUACGAGGUCUUUGCGACUGCUCGCAAUCUUAGCAGUAUGGAACAUCUCGUGUCACUCGGCAUCAAGACGUUGGCUCUGGACGUGACCGACUUGGAAGCAAUGCGCCGGGUUAAGGCUCACAUCAUGGAUGCGACUGGCGGAAAGUUGCACAUUCUUGUAAACAAUGCUGGCCAAGCGUAUCCUGUGGCCGCUACUGAUUUCGAUAUGAAGGAAGUCCGGGAUUUAUUCGAAGUCAACCUGUUCGCUGUGAUGACUACGGUUCAAGAGUUCGUCCACAUGUUAAUCGCAUCGGGCGAUGGUCGGAUUGUGCAGACCGGGAGUGUCUCUGGCAUCGUACCUGUACCAUUUAGUGGGGCAUACAAUGCCUCGAAGGCCGGCCUUCAUGCUUAUGGGAAUACUAUUCGUGUCGAACUUGCGCCAUUCAACAUCAAAGUCGUUACCGUGAUCACCGGUGCUGUAAAGAGCAACAUUGCCAAACCACGUACUCUCCCGGAGGACUCGUUGUACCGUCCUAUGGAGGCCCAGUACCAAGCACUUCGCAUCAAUACUUCCCAACAGGGCGCUAUGGACGCGGACAAGUAUGCACAGGACGUGGUCACGGAGGUAACAUCAAAGAACCCGCGAGCCUGGUUUUGGGCAGGAAAUCGGACGUGGACUACUUGGAUCAUCGACACUUUCUUGGGUCGGCGCGGCUUUGAUGCUAUAAUGACGAAGAUGUACGGGCUGGAUGAAUUCUCCGCGAUGGUAACACGAAACAAGUUGAAAGAUAUCUGAACUGCUGUGAAACGUAUACUUAAUCGUCUCUGUUUCCACGUCACUUCAUUGCUGUUAAAUAGUGUUCGUCAGUAUUCAUCAGUUGGCAUUCUCGCAUGUGCAAACAUCAAGAUACCUUGGUCGAGAUCAUCACAAGGCGAAUACAGCGUAUCGCGGCGGUGAGCAUACAGGAUGUGUGCGACGGGAUGCGAUGAAGAAAUCUACGGGCAAGCGGCUAUGACAUAGUUCAUCUUUGGUCGCUUCACAUGACCAACAAUGGAUACGUUUCCGUAGGCGUCUGCACCGCGUUGCAGACAUUUUCGCCCCGGGGGAGCACGAGCCCAUGAGCCCCAUCUGACAUUUUGAAAACAUAGUGAUAAC